GCGCCCGAGGCUGCGGGCUGGCGCCGAGGCUGCGGACGGGGAUGAGAGCGGGGCUCCGCUGGCCGCGACACCCGGAGCCCCGCUGAAGCGGCCGCGGAGAGCCCGCGCGGGAGCCGAGAUGUGUCUGCGCCUGGGUGGCCUGAGUGUGGGGGACUUCCGGAGGGUGCUGAUGAAGACAGGGCUGGUGCUGGUGGUGCUGGGCCACGUGAGCUUCAUUGCGGCCGCCCUCCUCCACGGCACCGUGCUGCGCUACGUGGCUGGUCCGCACGACGCCGUGGCUCUGCAGUACCUUGUGACCAACAUCCUGUCCGUCACGUCGGCCAUCAUGGUCAUCACCUCAGGCAUUGCAGCCAUCGUGUUGUCCCGCUACCUCCCCAGUGUUCCCCUGCGCUGGACAGUGUUUAGCUCGAGCGUGGCCUGUGCCCUUCUGUCUCUGACCUGUGCUCUGGGCCUCUUGGCCUCGAUCGCCGUGACCUUUGCCACCCAGGGCCGGGCACUGCUGGCCGCCUGCACUUUUGGAAGCCCCGAACUGCUGGUACUGGUGCCCGACUGUCCCUUCGACCCCACACGCAUUUACAGCUCCAGCCUGUGCCUCUGGGGCCUCUCGCUAGUGCUCUGCGUGGCAGAGAGCGUGUUUGCAGUGCGCUGCGCCCAGCUCGCCCACCAGCUGCUGGAACUGAGGCCCUGGUGGGGGAAAAGCAGCCACCCCAUGGUGUCCUGGAGGAGCAGACCCAGACCCUGGCACCCUCUUGUGUCUCCGCAGACGCAGGAGAGCCCAGAGCCGGUGGAGGGCCGUGACCUGCUAAGCUGCACCAGCUCCGAGCUGCUGACCCUCUGAGCGCUGACGCCCUGUCCAGGCCCCAUGACCACUAGGGCCCUACAACCCUACUCUGUGACCAGGCCGGGGUUCCUGGAGCAGGCCCCAGAGGGCUCACUGGUCACUCAGGGACCCCAGUGGGGCUUUCCACGCCCUCCCUCAGCUCCCCAGCCCACUGCACUGAAAUGAGACUUUAUUCUGAAGUUAUUAAAAAGAACAGAGAUGCUC